UGAAUUUUGAGAGAAAUGGAAAAAAAAAACAAUAGGACUCGAACGAUCUACACAUACCAAGAGGCAGGGGUGACGCUUGUCUUGUUCAAAAGCAAUUUAACACGAGAUAUGGCGAGCCAUGGUCGCCAGUCCUCAGACAUGAGUCGUGAUAGAAGAAGUCGUUCUAGGUCCCGUUCUAGGUCAAGGUCUCCACGAGGAAACCGUCGAAGGUCACCUGUGUACAUGGCUGGGCCUUCAGGGAAGCAUGAUGAAGCUCCAAUGGAAGAGUUAACUGCAGAAGAGAAGCAGAUGGCAGAAGUUAUGGGUUUUGCAUCGUUUCACUCCACCAAGGGAAGGUUGUUUUUUAGUGUAUGGGGAGCAACUUGUAGUGAUGGUAAGAAGCACGAAGAACUUGCUGAUUAUGAAGAGUACAAAGAGUGGUUGAACAAAAAAAUGGAAAUUAGAUAUGCUGAGAAGGAAAAGGAAUUUGCAGAAAUGAAAGCACAAUAUAUGAAGGAGCGAGAAUUGCACCAAAAAAGGCUUGAAGAAAGAAGACGGGCAGAUUUUGAAAGAAGUCGAGAAAGUGGAUAUAGAGAAGAGAGGUCAAGCCGUUCUCCGAGGAGAAGGCACAGGUCGCCCUCCAGAGGUCACGAUAGAGACUAUGACCCCCUGGACAGAUAUAGGAGCCGUGACAAUGACAGAAGCAGGCCAUACAUUAGUGACAGAGAGAGGCCCUACAGCAGUGACAGAGAGAGGCCCUACGGCAGUGAUAGAGACAGACCCUACAACAAUGACAGAGACAGGCCCUACAGCAGUGACAGGGACAGACCCUACAACAGUGACAGAGACAGGCCCUAUAGCAGUGACAGAGACAGACCCUACAGCAAUGACAGAGACAGGCUUUACAAUAGUGAAAGAAACAGGCCAUACAACAAUGACAGAAGCAGGGAACAGGAUCAAAUUAGCAGUUACAGUAGCAGAGACAGGAGUCCCAGGCCAAGUGGCAGAGGUUUUGGUGGAGGAUCACUUGAUUUCAGUAAUCCCAUGCACAGAAAUAGCAGCUUGGAAAGGGUACUGGAUCCUAUGCCAUCCAUACUUGGAAUGAAAAGAUCGUUUGACUUUUAAAGAAACAAAGAAGCAUCACCCCCAAGAAACCUUAACAGUGACUUCCAUCAUGAGAGGACCUUUAGUUAAAGGCCUUGUACCAGCAAUGAAUGAUACCGCUUCAGUGAUGAAACUCAUGUCCUUAUGGAAUUCAUGUGUGCAAAUUGUUUUUGUUUAUAAUCAUUGUAU